AGACAGGCUGCCCCACGGGGCGGAACGUCAUCAGCAACUCACACGCUGCAGCUCAGAAAUGAGAUGAGAAGGAACGCUAAGAGGAUGGACAGAGAGGGGUUGAGAGAAGACGCGGUGCCUGUGAGGAGGCGGGCCGCCCUUAGAUAAGGGCCUGGAAUGGACAAGAAAGAGAGCCAACAGAAGUCGAAGAAAGGAGCGGCGCCGUUCGCCUCAGUCGAGGACCUCAGCGACGACAGCCCCGAAGACAGGGCCAAGCUGGAGGUGCCCGGCGCCAGGAGUGGGGUCACCCCCCGGAUCGACAUCUCCAGGGCCUCCUCCUCAUCGCACCAUGAGGAUAGCAGUCCGGAGAGGGAGCUCUUUGGUGGAGAGGGAGGAGGAGUUAAGGUGGGCCUUGGGUUCACGGAAGACAUGGCUCUCGAGCUGCGUAGCAGUACUGAGGAGCUGGACUUCCACGAGCCAGAGCCCGAGAGGAAAUCCAAGAGGAAGAAGUUGCAGCAACAGCAGGCUGUUGUCGUAACAAAAUAUGAUUUAGAAACUGAAUAUGAGAAAGAAAUUAGAGAAAGAAAAGACUCGGGUUGCUCAGAAGGAGGACUCCUGUUUAUUGGCGGCAGAACUAGUCGGCUAUCGUCGAUAGGAUCUGCUGCCUCUGGAGGUAGCGGAGUGUCAGCUGGGAGUGCGGUCUCCCACCUCUCUGCCGCGUCCAACCUGUCGAGGGCUUCCCGUUGUUCGUCUCCGCACAAGAUGUUGCUCGAGACCUCAUUUUGUGGUCCUAAGCCUAUACCGACGUUAAGUCUGGAGGCUGAAUACCCACCGUCAGAGAGCGUUGAGGCAGCCCUACUCAAGAGGAAGGCAGAUCCCACCGGAGCCAUCCUGCCCAACUGUCUUGAAGUACGCGAUAACAAACCACGGCGGUGUAGCAGUGAAAGGGCUGUACGCCCUCAGGUGACUGUCCAAGCGGCCAGGAGCAGUUCCGCCCGGACAGCCAAGAGGCCCAACGUCAGCAAGAAGAAUGAUGACAAUGAGCUCUUCAAGAUCAUACCCCUUCACGGGUCCCUAGACGACGAUGACGACGACUCUGUUGACAACCCAGUAGAGGACUUCCAGCCAGAGAAUGGGAUUUACAUUCCUUUAAAGGGACCAAUUAUAGACUGUAGGAAGCAAGAAGAGGAGCCCAAAAGAAAAAAACCAGAGAUGGAAGAUAGUGAACUUUUCACGUUCAUCUCUCUUCAUGGCGAUGACGAGGAAGUCCAAAACAAGAAAAAUAAUCAAAGCGUUCAAUACAAAUCAUGGGAAGAGGCAGCCAAAUGGGUAGACUUGACCAAGCCAAGAAGUCCAGAACCGCCGAAACCAGGGCGAUUAGAAUUAGAGAAAAAAAAGAAUGGAAGAAGCUUAGGACAAAUACCAAGAGAUGAUUCCAGGACCCCCUCACCAGCAUCUUCUUAUUCAAGAGGGAACAUCUUCAGAAGGAGUUCUGACUCUUCUAGCAGCAGUAAAAAAUCUGGUGGUUCAGGAGAAUCAAAGUCAAAGAAAGAUAGCCGUAACAAAUCGAUGUUUACAGCUCUCUUCAGAAAGAAUGUAAAAGAAGUGCCACCACGAAAGUCAAACUAUCAAGAUAAAGCACCCAUCGAUCCAAAAUUGACAAAUGUAGAAUAUAAGUUUAAACAAGAUGAACAUGUGAUAGAUAAAGAUACAAUAAUCAUCCCCCUUCAUUCUCCAGAUGAAGUUGUUGAACCUUUAAUAAGAUAUGAUCCAGCUAAAGAUGAUACUGAUAUUUUGAAAGAUAUUCGCCCUGAAAUUAAGCCUGAGUCUUCAGUACCUCAUAAUCAGCGAUCAUCACUUGAUGAACACACUAUUGAGAAAAACAUUGUUGUUGUUGAUGUAAUUAAUGAAGAUACAAAAGAACCUGUUAAAAAUAAAGUAAAUAGACAAGAAAAAAAAGAAGAUCCCGUCAGAUCAGAAAUGAAAGAACUUAUUAAACCAGAUGUAUCUGAACAACUAAAAUUUGAAUGUAAAGGAGCAUCCACUGAAAUUAAAAAAAACAUUAAAGAACUAACAAAGAAAGUAGAAGGGCUUGAAAUCCAGCAUUUAGAAUGUGAACCAAGAGUAAGGAGAUCGUCGAGUGUUUCAUCAAGGGAGGUAGAAUAUUCCAAAGAACAAAAAGAAUCAGCAAUAAAAUCUGAGGAACGAAAUGUGAAUCUAGUAGGGAACCAAGAAAGUUUGGAAAAUGAAAGACAAGAAAGUGAUGAAACUGUGAGGCAGGCUAGUCAGGAAACCGUAAUUGAAAAUCCAGGCGCAAGUGAAGAGGUUUUGGCUAAUGAGAUUUCUCCUAAUCAAGAAGAAGUAGUUUUGAGCAGCAUCAUUCAAGAUGAAGAAAUAGAAAGUCUCAUAAAAAAAGAAGAAGAUUCUGAAAAUAAUUUAACAAAAAGUGAGGGUCAUGAGAGGCAGUCUUCAGAAUCGGAAGUUGACAUGGAAGUAGAGCGAGAGGUUGAAGCAGAAGAAUGUGACGAAGAAAGAAAAGGGCUGUUUCAUCAAACUGAUUCUCAAGAAGAUGAGUUGCCAUAUGUACCUACAACAUUGCCGCAAGAAAGGUCUGUAGCAGUUCCUAUAAUUCCAAUCAGACAGAGGGUAAGUGAAGUUAAGACAUGUCCUGUAGAGAGACCAAGGUCUACCACCCCAAUCCAACCUUCCAACCUUGAAGAGUAUGCUACUUUCCAUGAACCUAGGCCUUCUCUUACUCAAGAAAAAAUGCAAAUCACCCUCCCAAGAACAGAUUCAUUUGGUAAAGGUCGAGGUCGUGGUAAAGCAUCAUCUCCUCCUCCUCUUCCACCAAGAGCACCUCAAUGGGUAGCUUUUGAUGAGCCAGAGCGCAGAAGACCACCACGCAGAAUAACUACUCUCCCUUACACCUAUGUCAACCCUGAGGAAUGUACUUGCGAGUGUCAUGAGACACAGCAUAGGUCUACAAAAGACUCCCAAUGCUCCAAACCAGAACAGUGUUCAUACCCAAAAAAGGGCAGUAGGACAGAAAAAGAAAAACGUUACAGAACUUGAGAGAGAUGACUUAAUUUAAAAAAUGCCUUUUAUGUCAUAGUUAUAUAUAGUUGAUUUAUUUGGUUAAGUCUAGUGUAUCAUAUCCUGCUGAAGUUCAGUGUGCACAAAAUGAUCAAUGAUAAAUAACAGUUACAAUAGAAAACAAAUUAUAUUCAAUUUAUAUAUAUUAUGUUAAAAUUACACAUAUUGAUGCCAGAAAAAUAUUUUGUGAAUAUAUUUGAAUAAACAAAAUCUUAAAAAUAAACAUUGAACAAUUCAGCGAUAGUGAAGACUAUUUGCUAUUAUUGACAAACUUAAUUUUGAAAAUACAAAUUUUAAUUUUAUAUAUUCCUGUCAACAAAUUAAAUUAUUUAUUUGAAUUAUUUAUUUAUACAAAAGUAUCAAGAUGAAAAAAAAAAUUAAACUAUCAUCCACUAUACAAUUAAUGUUUCUUAAUAACAAAGUAUAUAUUUACUAAAAACUACAAACUGGUAAUUUUAAACAACAAAAGAUAGCCAGUGAUUGGUAGAAAAAUAAUUUAUUUGUUCAAGUUAAAUAUAUAUAUAUGAACGUAAUAGUUUUACAACUAAUAAAAAAACUUCAGAUGUGUGUAAAAUGGGAACAGUAGAUUAAAAAUGUAUUUAUAAAUUGACUAUUUGAAAAUCAUAAUAGACCAGGAGCAUUAGGAAGAUAUACUGGAUGAUACACUAGAAGUUAGCUGAUAAAUAUUGUUGUUUAUUAAUGAUUCAAAGCAUGUUUAUAUUUUCUAUGUGUCAAUCCCUGGGGUUAUAUGGGGGGGUUAAAUUAUAGUUGAGAGCUUAUUUUUAAGAGAACUGUUAAAUUUUGAAACCUGGAUGCAUUGUGUAUGAAGGAUAUACUUAAUUAUACAUAUAUAUAUAUAUAUAUAUUCUUUCUUUCAUGAAGGGAUUUUUGCAUAGAUCAGCAUAAGAUAUAGGAUAAAGGAACUGCUGCUUGUUUUGUUUUAUAAAGCAAUCAGACAGUGCUUGUAAAUAAAAUAUUGACUGCUGUAGUAUGGUAGUAACCGUGAAAGUAUGAGGAUUAGCCACUAGCGGAUCCAGGAUUUAAUAUUGGGGGGGCUUCAGCCCGAAAGCUUUUUUUUUUCAUACAAAUGACGAUAAUUACUUUUGAAAAAAAGAAAGAAACUAACUGUCUAUAUGAAUGGUGUUUAAGUGAUUCCUUAAGUCCUUUUAAAUGUUAUUACACAAACAAUAAUACUUUAAGAGAUAAUUUUUUAAUGUAGUUUUCCAUAAAGCAUGGUUAUAUUUCACCAUUUUGGGGGGAGCUUUAGCCCGAAAGCCUCCCCUCCCCCCCGGAGAUCCACCCGUGGGAUUAGCUAUGAACAAUUAGUGUAAAACUUAGGAGUUCAUGCGCAAGUAAAUAAAAUAAAAUUUAAUUUAAAGUAAAUCUCUAACAAUCAAUUCUAAUAAUUAUUCCAAAGACUUCAAGGUAACAUUUCCAAAAACAUUUAAUUAAUGAGGAAAACAAAGUGAACACUGAAACAUUAUAAAUUUUUAUAGCUUAUUCAGCGAAACUACAGUACACAAAAAUUAAAUACUUGCAAGAGAAUUAUUUUUUAAUUUUAAUAAUUCAAACAUUAAAUUGGCAUUAUUUAAAAAAAAAUUAUCAAAUAAUAAAUUUCGUAUUAUAAAGGGCUGCAUUAUGUUUUGGAAUAAGUAUACAGCAUAUCCAUGAUGAUAAAGGCACAACUUAAAAUUUCUAGCAUAAGAAAGUUUAAUGCUUAAACCUCAUCCCAAAGAGCAGCCUCAAGUAUCAGGUCAACCAAUUGACAACAUAAGUUAUCAACCAGCAACUGAGUAGAAGGAAACAACUUGAGGACUUCUAUGUAAAGCAUAGCCUCUGUGCAAAGAUCAUUCUAACAAUAAAACAUUUAUUGAAUUGCGCUCCUUUGAUUAUGAUCUAUAUUUAUAAUUGUAAGGGAUGUUUAUGAAUAUAUCAGAUAUUUAAAUAUCAAUUAAAAGAGUUGCUUUAUUAUUUUUUAAAUUUAUGUUAGAAAAAAUGUUUUUAAAUAAAGUAAUACAUAUUUUAAAGAACCACUUCUCACAACUUUAUUUAUUUAUACAAAAUAAUUGGGAAUAUUUUUGGUAUUCAUAGUUACAAAAUAAUAGAAGAAAGCAUUAAAAUUUGUCAUGUUGGAAAAAUAGUUGACUGUAGAUAAUAUGGUUGCAAGCUUAGUUGGGGGUUGCAGUCACAUAGAAAAAUAAAUGAAAACAAUUUUUUUUAUUAACAAACUAGCUUGUAGGGAGUUUCUAAUUUUAGUAGAUUUUGCUAUAUCUCAUCCUAUAAAUGUUAUUGUAUAGCUUCUGAAAGUUCAUAAAGAGAUGGUGUGUGGUAAUAUUAUACUCUUUGGGUUUUUCUAGGAUAGCUCUUAUUGAGAAGAUUUGAUCUGCAAUUCCUCGAACCCUCAUGAAUCCUGCCUAUUACAAUCUCACUUCUUGUCAUGAGAUUGAACAGAUUUCCUAGUAUAGCAACACUUGGGGCCACUUGCCACACAGGAGACAAAAGUCUCCAUGCCACUUAAGCUGUUGCUUUUGAAGGAAGCUCUUUCAUUCUCUUACUAGCAGCCGAUUUCUUAUACUCUUAUUAAGAACACAGUCUCUCUUAUUUGCCAACCACUCUGUGCAGGAAUUUCAUUCCUGCUCCUGUGAUUUGGUCGAAGGAUUUGUUAAGAAUGACCUUAGCUUUCAUUUCCAUGUUAUUUCCAUAUCACGUGGAGGAUUACAUGGUUAGAAUUAAAAGAGCAAAUUGUCUUUUCAUUAAUAGGGUGUUGUGUUCUUUUUAUUGUUCCUUACCUUUGCCUUUGAACAGUUAUUGACAUAGAGGGUCCUCAAUCCAAAGGAGCCAGUUGGCUCCAUCCCAACACAUUCUGUUAAUUUUAGUCUAUGUUGCUUACUUCUUUUUUUUUUUUUUCAUUUUGCUGCCACCAACAAUUUGUCUUAGUCUUCUUUCCAAAAGUUUGUUAAUAAUUUAUAUACAACUAAAAGAAGACUGAUCAUCCAAUAGUUUUUGUAUUCUGUAUUGCUUGCCUUUUUAUUUUGUUGUAUUCGACACUAGUUGUUAUGGAAUUGCAUUUGACUUGAAAUAAUGCGCCCGCCCAGUUGUAAGGGCCUAGUUAGUGUAGGAUCUGCAGCAUUCAUUUUUUCUUUUCAGAUGGGAUUCUUGGAGCUUGGUCUUUGAAUGCGAUGUUUAUUUUUCUCUUUGACUUCAAACACCACUUAAAUCCCCAACCAGUAAAAUUCAUCAUAAGUUAUCUGAUGUAGAUAUUAAAUGCUGCCUUCAUUGUUGUCAUCUCCAGAAUAACAUUACAAUUUUUUUUAAAAUAGAUUUUUACUAAUGGCAAAGAUAAUACCAGUGAUAUUUUAUAAAUAUUAGAACUCAUAAUAAAAAAAUCAUCCUGUUGAUAUAUAAUGAUUUUGAUUUCCUCUUUUGAUUUUGUAAACAAGAUAUAUUAGCUUGAAAUAAAAAAGUUUAAAAAAAAUAAUCAGUCAAGCAGCAAUUGUUUUAUCCUUUUCCUUAUUCCUGUUUAUGAUGCACACCUGCAAUUUCAAUGUGAUAUAAAGCCACUAAUUUGAGUGUGUUUAGAAUCUUAAUACAUUAAUCCGUUUAAAUAUGUUUGGUCUUUAGAAAUUUAUUUUUAGAUUUCUCAUCGACUUAUGUAAAUGUUACAAAAUCUAGUGUUCUAAAGUUUUUAAUAUUUAUUGAAAAAAUGUAUUUAAAAAAAAUGAAAGUGUAUAAUAAAUGAAAUUUGUUCUCUAACCAGACAAAACAGAUACUAAAAAAUAAAUCUAUGUACAUAAUGAGAAUAACUAAAAGCAAAAUGAAAAAAAUAAAUUAAUAUAUAAUUUCAAUACAAUUAAACCUAAGAAAAUCAAAUUAAAUUUUAUGUUUUGUCUUCUCUUUAAAAGCAAAUAAAAAAAUGAUAAGUCUUGCCUAAUGUUUUCGUCUGGUGAGAAAGCAAAGGAUUUAGUCUGAUCCAAAUAAAUCUAUAUAAAAUUCAUUACUAUGAUUAAACAUUUUAUUGAAACAAUAUUUUGCUGUAAAACUUUUAUUCAUUGUAUACAAUAAUUAAGCGAUUGAACCCAGUUCUUAUAUGCAUUUAAACCUUCAUCCACUUUGUUCGUUGUACAUUAAAGUUGUAAAUAUA